CUGAAUCUUGAUGCACUGAGCUGGCCGUAAAUUUAAACACGAUCACAACGAAAUAUGACAUCCCAUGCUUAUGACCAUUCCAGGUGCAAACAAUCUCAAAACUGCAGCUUCUGUUCAAUUGCCGAUGGAUCAGAAUAUGUGGCGCCUGGUCUCCAGGCUUCAAUUAAAGAAAACAUCUUGACAGAAGCUGGCCGUGGAUCAUCAUUCAGUGGCAGAAUUUGGUAUUAUAAUGGUUGGAAAUCUGUGAAUCUACGCGCGUUGCUAAAACCCUCGGUCUUUGCGGCAUCGACUGCGAUCUUUUUUGGUCAGAUAGCUCGCGAGCAAGAUUUCGCCUCGUCACUGAUCCGAUAUGCUCUCGACAUGGAGCUUUCUGACAAUACGCAACAAUAUGUGCCCGUUUUUAUCGCUCCAACCGUCCAUUUCAUCGUUACUAGAAAUGAGCGCGCAAAGCAUAUAUUAAUCCAGCGACUAGCUCUCGCAUUAGAGCAAGCAGAAGAAGAAAAACUGCCCAAAUUCUUGCGGACCGCAAUUGUUGCUCCUGGUAAAGAACAGGUCAAGUCUUCGGUUGUCGCUGAAGCAAUUCUGUCUGCAUGGCUCAAGCUAUCAAAUCAGGCUUUACUUAUUCUUACUCACACAAUUGUACAAGCCUGUGUGCAACUGGAUCUUGAAUCGCUACGUCGAGAGAUUGGAGACCCUAAGUUGCGCACAUAUGAAGGUCUGAAUGAUCUACCUUUGCUGCAUAGGGUUUUGGAAGAAUCUUUAGAGAACUAUUGUGAGUACGCAUUUUUGCAAGGACGUGCCCCUCGCGCAUUUCUGAUAAGAAUUCUAACGCCUUCAACAGUCGAUAUUCUGAGAGAUGUGGAUAGGCAAGAGGCUACAGUCGAAAAUUCAGCCAAUUUCCUUCAGGAUUUCUCUCCUCCUCAUCACAUUGGGGAAAAUUGGCCAUCAACUGUAGCAGACGAUAGAGCUUCCAUACUCUUGACAUACAAAAUUACGCUUGCUUACCUUCUACCUGUGUUGAACAUUCAGGUUGACCAAGAGACGACUUCGAGAUUCAAAAACCACGAUCAAAGUUUGUUGUUACACCACGUCAAGGUUGCUGUACGUGACCGGAACUAUGUGGAGGAGGAUUAUUUCUAGUCCGAAAAGGAUGAUAAGCUCCAUAUUUGGGGAGUUUGUAGUAAACAGGUUGAUUUUUUUUAUCCACCCAUCAAUAUAUGCAUGCACCUGUCAGAAUGUCCGUGAGGGAUUAUAUGUGUUUAGUCUUCAUCUAACUUAAGAUAGGUAUUUAUCGCGGGGUCGUAAGUGCUGU